UUAUCCCUGAUCAACAACGAGAAGACUAUCAAAACAACGUCCACGGCAAAUUCAUUGACAAAUGCGUCACUGACUGCCACAGCCACGGAGUCGAUUCAGUUCGACGGCCGAGCUUUAUCGCUCGGCUCAGGGACACUCCCUGCACCACCAAACCAAUCUGUACCAUCCGAUGCAGCAGCGACGCAUCGCAGUUCGCCUACGUUCACCAGCAGCCAAUCGAAAUUAGCUACAUCGCUGACGAUAGCAUCACCCGAUCCCAUUCAAUCUGGCGUCUUAAACACAACACCAACAUCAACAACAAAUCCAUCAUCUUCAUCCGCAUCAUCGCCACUGCAAAACCAUCAACAACGUCAGUCGGUAUCGCCGUCUCCAGUGACAUCAUCGAAUCAAUUAGACUCUGAUGCUGUCACCACCACCGUAUUGAAUAUCUUGAAUAACAACAGUUUGCUGACGCAAAGUCAAAAUUCACCAUUUCAAUUCGGUUCCGGUACUGGUGGUGUUUCUGCAGCGUCCGGCAUUAGCAAAACGGGGAAUUCGCGAUUUGAGCCCGUUGUCAAUAUGCCACCUCCAGAUUCGCCACAUGCAGAACCAGCACCACGGAAACGGCGUCGAAAACGGGAAGAUCCACAGAGUUGCUUUACAAACUCAGAGGAGUACGACUCUGAUGACGCGUCACCGGUGUCCUGCUCGGAUGUUGAAAGUUUUCAAGGAAAAAUCGUUUACAAUCCUGAUGGUAGUGCUUAUAUCAUUGACUCAGAGAACGAUUCACUGUCAAACAUAUCGGAGAAUGGUUUAGGAACAGUAAACGAUUACUUUGGCUUAGGUGUUCCGGCAACAAAUAAUCCAAAAAUUCAUUCAUUUCGUGUUGUGACUGCCCGUGAUGCAACGGUUAACAUUUCCGAACCAAACUCAAAAAUCUCCAAGCCGAUCCUAAUGUGUUUCAUAUGCAAAUUGAGUUUUGGCAACACAAAGUCGUUCAGUUUACACGCAGCGAACGAGCACGCUCUGAAUUUACAGGAAUGCGAAAAGAUGCUGUUGAACCGUGAAUACUCUAGUGCCAUCAUACAGCGAAACGGCGAUGAAAAGCCACAAAUAUCGUUCUUAGAACCGCUGGACGUGCAAAAGCAAAUGCAACACACAAUUGAUCAACAGAGUUUGAGCAAAAGUAAUGAUUUAGCCGUCAAAACUCUAAGUGAUUAUCACCAAAGUCUGAUAACAGCUGCAUCGACAGCAUCCACAACACAAUCAACAAAUGUUUCCACGUCGGCAACAACGGUUGCUACAUCAAAUCAAAUAAGCACUGAAAAUGCAAACUCUACAACGGGUAACCCAGCCAGCAAUAGUAAAUUUCUCAGCGAAUUGUUUCUGCAGCAACAACAGUUGCAACAACAACGCGAAUCAACGCCACUUCAAUGUCCUGAUCAUCAGGGCAUGAAAGGCAUCGACUGUAAAACAUGUGAAAUGAUGAAUGUGAGUAUUAAGUCACCGAUGACUCCGAUCAAAUCGCCGAACAACCUCAAUAUGACGCCACCGGGUUCGUCCAGUGUAAAUAUGUCACCAACGACACCCGCACCCAGUUUCACAAUCGGUGCAUGCCCGGAACAUAUCAAUGGUCGACCAAUCGGUGUUGAAUGUCCAAGAUGUGAACUGAUUCUGAAUUCGGCUCGUCUGAACAGUGGAGUACAAAUUUCAACCAGAAACUCUUGUAAAACGCUUAAGUGUCCCCAAUGCAAUUGGCACUACAAAUACCAAGAAACAUUGGAAAUUCACAUGCGCGAAAAACAUCCAGACGGUGAAAGUGCAUGCGGUUAUUGUUUAGCGGGUCAACAACAUCCCCGGCUAGCACGUGGAGAAUCGUACACAUGCGGCUACAAACCGUACCGUUGCGAAAUAUGCAAUUACUCCACGACAACGAAAGGCAAUUUGUCCAUUCAUAUGCAGAGUGAUAAACAUUUGAACAAUAUGCAAGAACUGAACAGCACCCAGAGUCUCAGCCAGACCAGCGAGAUACGAGAAAGUCCGAAAAUUAUACUGCCAAAUAUGAGUCAACAAUCAGCCAAACCGAAGCCCAGUUUUCGUUGCGAUGUGUGUUCAUAUGAAACAAGUGUAGCGCGAAAUCUCCGUAUUCACAUGACUAGCGAAAAGCAUACGCACAACAUGGCUGUCCUACAGAAUAACAUCAAACAUUUGCAGGCGUUGAGCUUUUUGCAGAGUCAAAACAUCGGCCAACUACCCAGCCUAAAUAACAUGCCCAACUUACCCAAUCUCAACCAAUCGAUACCAAAUCUUCAACAGAACGUGCCGAAUUUAGCACAGAAUUUACCGAAUUUUUUGCCAGAAGCAGCGCUUGCCGAUCUCGCCUACAAUCAAGCAUUGAUGAUUCAAUUAUUACAUCAAAAUUCCGCCGCAUCAGCUAGCGGAGGACUGGGUGGCAAUAGCAAUGUGUCCGGCGCAACCAGUUCCAAUCUGACGGGUGGCGUAUCGCCCGUAUCCGCAUCACGUGCCAAUAGUUUGGUGACACCGAACAGUAAUGCAAUGGUCGAAUCGGAUCAUGGACUCAAUCCCGACUCGUUCGAACCGCCAAUCGAACCCGAUGUUCGGCCGACCAAUCUGUUUAGCUGUUUGGUGUGCGCAUGCUACAAUACGAACAACAUCGAAGAACUGAACAAUCAUUUGCUGAUCGAUCGGUCGCGGAACUACAACACCGACAUCAUGAUCAUCUCGAACAGCAACUACCACUGUUCGCUGUGCAAAUACAAUACCAAUUUAAAGGCCAAUUUCCAGUUGCACAGCAAAACGGACAAGCACAUACAGAAACUGAACUACAUCAAUCAUAUCAAAGAGGGUGGCAUCAAAAACGAGUACAAAUUAAAGUAUAACGGUAACAAUUCGGUACAAUUAAAGUGCAAUUGCUGUGACUAUUACACAAAUUCGAUACAGAAAUUGAAUUUGCAUACGCAAAAUAUGCGACACGAAAAUGCCAAAAUCAUUUUCAAUCACUUGGUGUAUACGAUCCAGGAAUGCAAUAAAAAUAGUGUCGGUGCUGCCGGUACGGGUAAUAAUGUUUCGUCCGGAUCGUUAUCGUCGUCGUCGGACCAGUCCGAAACGGGUGCAUUUGAUAAUGGCACCGGUGAUGCGGCGAGUGACAAUAAUUUCAAUCAAAAAGUGUUGUUCUGUCAAUUGUGCAACUACAAGGCGCCCCAUAUAUUGGGAAUGGUGCAGCAUGUGAAAAGUUUACGACACGUGCAAAUCGAACAGAUUAUAUGCUUACAGCGACGCAGUGAAAAUGCAGAUUCGUUGGAAUUGGUCGACGUAUUCAAAGUGGUCGAUUGUGAUGACAAGAACGACAAAUCCAGCCCACAACAUUCACCUGUCCCGAAAUCAUUGGCCGACCAGCUCUCGGCCGUUGCAGCUAUCCAACAACAUCAGCAACAACUCAGUGCUGCCGCUGCGCUCGGUGAUCAACUAGGACAUGCAGCGGCAAUCUUCAAAUGCAAUCAUUGCAAUCACUUCACCGAAACCAAAACGGAAAUCGAGCAACAUCUUGCCAUUCACCAUCCGAAUUGCGGAGAAAAUGACUUUUUCGUCAUACCGACUAAUACUGCUCAGGCAGCUGCUGCUGCAGCAAUGGCAUAUCAAAUGGCUCAGUCAGCGGCAAAUAAACCAUCACCGUCGAUCGAUGACGAUAUAAAAUCGGAGAAAAUGGACGACGACAAUGGAUCGGAUUGUGGUGGCGAUUUGGCCGAUUGUGAGGCAAUCGAUACCACCGACGAGAUGUGCGGCAUAUUGUGUCCGUUGUGUCAGGAAACGUUCAGCGAUAAGAAGUCACUGGAAAAGCAUGUCGUGACCGUUCACAGUGUGACUAGUGAUGGAUUAGCAAGACUAUUGAAUUUAGUUGAUGCAAAUCAAUGGAUGAGCAGCAAGAAAAGUCCAAGUAUCGCAGACUGUAAGAGUGAUGGUGAAAUUGAAUGUACUACUUGCGGCACGGGAUUCAAAGCAAUGAUGGAAUUAUUGCAUCACGCCAACGAUAAUCAACACUACCAAAUGACUAGUGACAACACGUACGCAUGUGUUCUGCGUACAUGUCACGCCAAUUUUCCGACCAUUUCCAAUAUGAACGCACAUUUCAAGGAUUGUCACAUGAACAUUGUAAUAUCCGAACGACAUGUAUACAAGUAUCGCUGUAAGCUGUGCUCGCUAGCUUUCAAAACACAAGACAAACUGAACAACCACUCAUUGUACCACACGAUGAGGGAUGCAACCAAAUGCAAUGUCUGCAAUCGAAACUUUCGCUCGACGCAGUCACUGCAAAAGCAUAUGGAUCAAGCACACAACAAUAGCACUUCGGUUAGUCCGACAACAUCGCCGGGUCUGGGUGGCGAUAAGAGCGAUGCCGAAGAGAAUAUUACGAGUCCAUCUAGCAUCAAACAGGAGGACUGUGAUCUGAUGGAUGGAAACAGAGAUGAGGCUUUGGGUGGACUAAACGACAAUUGUCACGAAACCAACGAAAUCGACGAAUAUCUGAAUUCACAGCAGAUGGCUGAGGAAUGUUAUAACGACCAGAACAGGAAAUUCAAAUGUCAUAAGUGUAAAAUGGGAUUCACACAGCAGAGCUACCUGGGACAACACUACAAAUCGAAUGUUCACAGGCGUAAUGAAAAAGGAAACUUUUUUCCGAUGGAAAAGUAUUUGGAUCCAAAUCGUCCGUUCAAAUGCGAAAUUUGUCGCGAGAGUUUCACGCAGAAAAAUAUUUUGCUGGUGCACUACAACAGUGUAUCCCAUCUGCACAAACUGAAGAAACAGAGUGAGAACAAUAACACCCCGUCGACUAGUCCCAGUGGCGUUGGAGAUUUCGAUCGGAAGAGCAUUGAGUAUGACAGACGUAGCAACGAUGUGGAUCGCAAGAGCGUUGACUUGGACCGAAAGAGUGUGGAUUUUGAUCGCAAGAGCGUUGAAAUGGAUGGAGAUUCUGAUACGCCGAAGAGAAAACUGAGUCCCGAGAACGAUUACGACAGUCCAAAGAAGCGUUUCAAAUGUGACAUCUGCAAAGUUGCAUAUGCCCAAGGAAGCACGCUGGACAUUCAUAUGAGAAGCGUCUUACACCAAAGUCGAGCGUGUCGUUUGCAAGAACAGCAGGCUCAGUUGAUGCAACAACAAUUAUCGCCUGGACUGCAAAGAUUACCCACGGAUUUGAAUCAAUCACAGACGGGAAGUAGCGUUUCGCCAACACCGUCAAAUCUGAGCACUACGAAUCAUGAGGUUGUCGAGAACAACUCACCGAAAAUUAACAAUCAAAUCUAUAAAACUCUGCUGGAAAACUUCGGUUUUGACAUUGUGAAGCAGUUCAACGAGAUCAACAAGAACAACAACGGCAAUCCGAAUAGCAACAAUGCCGCCACCGAUUCGGUAUCGCAAUCGCAACAGCAACAGAAACUGAAUCUUCAACAACAGUCAGCAAACGCUCAAACUUUACAGCAGCAAUUGUCAUUGCACCAGCAACUGAAUCCUACCGCUCGAAGCGAAAGUGCAUCGGAAGAGAAAUACUUCUGUCGUCACUGCAAAAAGAUAUUCUCCAGCAUCUUCGUGCUGAAGACACAUUGCGAAGAGAUUCACAACGAAAAGAUUCCGCUCGAUUUUCUGGAAAAGUUCGCCGAGAAAUUCAAGAGCUACUAUCUGGAGUCGGCAGAAAAUGAGAACGAAAUUUUAGAUUUUUCAUCGAAGAAGGAAAUUAAGGAAAAGGGAUCCGAUGCCAGUAAGACGUUGCUAUCGCCACAACAGCAGCUGCUACAACAAGCUCAACAACAAUUACCCGCUUCAUUGGCCGCCGUACCAGAACUAGCACAAAAGCUCAACAUUGACCCGACAGUACUCGCCCAAAAGAUGAUGGAGCAAAAUUUCGCCAACCUUCCACCAAACUUCGCAAAUCUACCACAAAAUCUACAGAGUCUACAGUCGUUGCAAGGACUACAAAAUCUGCAAAAUCUUCAGAAUCUACCGAACAUGGGAAACUUGCCGAUGAACACAUUGGAAAUGCUAAAUCUGAUGCAAUUCCAUCACUUGAUGUCACUGAAUUUUAUGAAUCUCGCUCCACCGCUAAUUUUCGGUGGCACCGGAGCUUCGUCGUCGAUACCGUCGACUGCUGGAGCGACUGGAGGUACUGUGACACCAAACGAGAUUAGUACAAAUGCGCCACAACAGGUCCAAAUUCUUCAGCAACAGGCUGCUGCUGCUCAGGCCGCUGCUGUUCAACAGGCUGCCGCUUCGAACAAUCAAAAACGUGCUCGCACCCGAAUCACCGAUGAACAGCUGAAGAUUUUAAGAGCUCAUUUCGACAUUAACAAUUCCCCGAGUGAAGAAAGUAUCAAGGAAAUGUCCUUCAAAGCCAAUCUGCCACCAAAGGUUGUCAAACAUUGGUUUCGUAACACCCUGUUCAAAGAGCGUCAAAGGAACAAGGAUUCGCCGUACAACUUCAACAAUCCACCUUCAACAACUUUAAAUCUCGAAGAAUACGAACGUACCGGUCAGACCAAAGUAACCAGUCUCAGCAAUGACUCGGCUGAUCUAUCUACAAUUGCGCAACAGCAGCAGCAGCAACAACAACAACAAUCACAUCAGCAGGCACAGCAGGAACUUCAACAGCAUUCACACAACAUUCAACAACAAACCCAACAACUCCUUCAAGUACAACAGGCGCAACAGGCAAUGCUCCAACAAGCAAGCCAACACUUGCAUCAGACCGAUACACGACCUCAUUCGCACCCAUCGUCGAUAGCAAGCAAUGAACGUCCGUCUGACAUUCAGGUAAAGUCUGAACCGGGCGAUGAGAUCGAAUGCGGUGAUUCAAUGAAAAAUGAACAAAUGAUCGACCAUGAUAGCAGCAUGCAUUCACAUCAUACAAACAUGUACUAUAACAAUUUCGAAACCAAAUCCGAGAGUGGCAGUUCGGAAAUUCUAUCCCGUCCACCAACUCCAAACAGUUCCUAUAACAACAUUAACGAAAUGAUUAACCAGCAAAUCGAAAGCAUUCCAAUCAAUAACAUCACUAACAUGGGCGUGGGAAGCAUAGGCAAUAGCAUGGGUCCGCCGAAAAAAUUCCAAAUGAACAUGAAAUUAUUUGACAAAAGUUUUGAAUCGAAUUCGAAUUCGUCGAACAGUUCGACGUCGAGCGGUAAACGGGCGAAUCGGACCCGAUUCACCGACUAUCAGAUCAAAGUGCUGCAGGAAUUUUUCGAGAACAAUUCGUAUCCGAAGGACAGCGAUCUGGAAUAUUUGAGCAAAUUGCUGUCGCUGUCGCCGCGGGUGAUUGUUGUGUGGUUUCAGAAUGCACGUCAAAAGCAGAGGAAAAUCUACGAGAACCAACCGAACAAUUCGUAUUACGAAUCGGCCGAAGAGAAGAAGCCCAACAUCAACUACACCUGCAAGAAAUGCAAUCUGGUAUUCCAGCGGUACUACGAACUGAUUCGCCAUCAGAAGAACCAUUGCUUCAAGGAGGAGAACAAUAAGAAAUCGGCCAAGGCUCAAAUAGCAGCCGCUCAAAUUGCACAAAGUUUAAGCAGCGAAGACUCCAAUUCCAGCAUCGACAUCAACAAUGCGUCGUCGUUACUAUCGGGGAACAUAGCAGCCGGCUUACAAGCACAGAAUCUGAGUUUAAAUUCGCCGAAUAUGUUGCAAUCGAGUCAUUCAGCCAUACCGGGACUAUCAACCAGUCCGAAUUUGUCAAUGCUAUCGUCACAGCACAGCAUAUUCGGUAAAAGUGGCAGUGCUGGUCAUCAGAGUCCACAAUCGACGUCGUCACAGCAGUCGCCGACGCAAAAAUACGAAUGCGACAAAUGCAAUUUGAUGUUCUCACGCUACGAACUGUACAAGGAGCAUCAGCUCAUCCACUUGAUGAAUCCAAAUUUAUUUCUUCAACAGUCGCUGAGCCAGCAGUACAGUGAAAAUUCACCGUUCGGAAUAUUGCAAAAUUUGAGUUCGAAUGCGGCAGCACCGGCCACAUCGUCCACAUCCGAUACGAUGGACUUAUCGCAGAAGCAGAAGAAGCGAAAAUUUUCCGAAACCAGCCAGGAUAACGAUCACAACGACUAUGAUCAGUUGAAUAAGAAGUUGAAGAACGAACAAUUCGAAUUUUUGUACAAUUAUUUCGUGCAGAAUGAGGGCGCCGACGAGAUUGUCAAGGCGAAAAACAUCGACUUCGAAUCGCUGUACACCUACUAUCAGACGAACGAACUGAAGAAGAAGGGAAACUUCGAUUUUUUAUACCAAUACUAUGUGCAAAAUGAGCGACCCAUGGACAUGUCCGAGAAGCCGAGCUUCGAAUUUCUGUUCCAGUACUACCAAAUCAACGAGUCAAAGAAGUUUUUUCAGUUAGAAGCCUCGCCAUCAAAAAAUGAUUUUCUGAUGAUGAAUUUAACGUCGACGCCAAAAAAUCCAACGGCACCGUCAACACCAACAACCGCAUUGUCAAAACAGCAGCAAACGACAGCGAAUUCAUCAUCGGGAAUGCUAUCAGAAACGGCGGUAGCUGCAACCGUUGGACGACAAACGCCAAUCAAUCAGUCAAUGUCAACCAAUCAACAAUCAUUGACUGGUAGUGUUGGUGGCGGCGGCUUAAUCAUCCACAAUCAGAAUAGUAACGGCAGUAGUACAUGCGGUACGGUAACGAAUCCGGCUGAUUUGCUCAUCCAGAGCAUGCAUCAGGGUGAAAUAACGUCGGCUGACAAGCAGAAUAACAAACGUUUGCGAACGACCAUCCUGCCGGAACAGUUGAAUUUUUUAUACGAAUGCUAUCAGAACGAGUCGAAUCCUAGUCGAAAGAUGCUUGAGGAGAUAUCCAAAAAGGUCAACUUGAAGAAGCGCGUUGUUCAGGUUUGGUAUCAAAAUUCACGAGCUCGAGAACGUAAAGGCCAAUUCCGUCAGAACCUGCAAAUAAUUAACAAGAAAUGUCCCCAUUGCGGUGCCAUAUUCAAAAUAAAAUCGGCCCUUGAAUCACACUUACAAACCAAACAUCCGGACAAGCAGCCAAUCAACAUCGAUCAAAUACCGGAUGUUAAGCCGCACAUAAAUGAUUUUCCCACUACCAAUGCACAGACAACAUUCAAAGCUAUGCUCAACGAUCAGUUGAUCGAUAAUAACAAUAAGCUGAGCGUCAGUGAUUUUGCUCAACUGAUGGACGCCACUGCAUCGAUACUUGCCGCUACGAGCCAACAGCAGUCAUCACCAUUUUCCAUGUCGGCCAGUAACGGUGUUAAUCCGUUGGAUUUGUCAACGACAACCCCAAAGUAUGAGCCAAGCGAAAGCGAAAUUAGUUUUUCCGAUUCGAACAAUGAUCACGACGAAUCGAACGAUUUCUCUGCACAACCGAAUGGCAGUUUCGGAUGCAGCGAAUCGCAUUUGGAUGGGGGCGGUGAUGGUUUGUCGAUGGGAAAAGGGAAUAACGGUGGCAUUGGAAUGAGCCAAUUGAAUGGCGAUCUCGACUAUUUCGGACCAUGCAGUCCGGCGUCAAGUACGCAGAGUCAACAGAAGAAACGGUAUCGUACCCAAAUGUCGCAUAGACAGGUAAACAUGUUGAAAGUACUGUUUGGUGACUACAAAACACCAAGCAUGAUAGACUGCGAAAAUGUCGGUCGUGAAAUUGGACUACCUAAGCGGGUUGUGCAGGUUUGGUUCCAAAAUGCCCGUGCCAAAGACAAGAAAUCUCGCAACAGCCGUUACACUGAUGAGGAAAGUGUCAGUGGUGGCAUGACCGCAAAUCCAUCACCGGAUCUGCAGCCAAUAAUUGACGAUUGUAAAAUUUGUGGCGUUCAAAAGGUUAAUAUGCAGGAGCACGUCUUCUCCAGCGCUCACAUCGCCCAAGUGAAAGCUUCCAUCGAGGGCGCCGAUCUAUCCGAUCACCAUGACGACGGUCAAAAUCUGACCAAACCGCAACAGUCUCCGACACCUGCAUCAUCCAUCUCAUCGACCAGUUCGAUGCCAUCAGCUGCGAAUAUGAUGUCACAGCAAUCAUCCACACACGAUGCAAUGGGCCUGUACAAUCAAUUUUUACUGCAAAAUCAUAUGUUCGGUCAACUGAGCGGAGCCCUGAGCGGAAAUCAAUCGUCUGACCAGCAUCAAGAACUGUUGGCGCUACAACAUCAUCUAAGCCAACAACAGCAGGCCGCCCUGAACAACAGUGGUUCGUCGACAUCGACCACGAAUGGCGGUGGUUCACAGCAGCCGACACCGCAACAACUGUUGAUGGAAAAUAAUUUACUGCUGCAAAUCAAUGCUGAUAAUCAACCCACCACAAAUAGUGAAAUUCUACAGCAACUGUACAGUUACAGUCAAAUGAGCGCAAUCGGAGGCAAAUAAGGAAAUUGGUGAGUAAUGAAGAGAGAAAAAUGGUACGAAAAAGUUCCAGAGCUGAAUACAUUUUUGGACGAUUUCAAAGUUCCUGCAUAAGCUAAAUGAAUAAUGUGAUGUGUCUCAUCUAUAUGUGUCUGAGAAUAAUUAAUUAUUAAGGAAUUACGCAGAUAUAUAGUUUUUAGAACGAGAAAUGUAAAAAAAAAUAAAACUUGCAAAUUAAAUUAAAAGAAAAAAAAGCAAAAUGAAGAAGAGAUGUGUCUGAAACAAGUGGUCGGAUUGAUAUUUUUUAGUUAAGAUCCGUUUUUUUGUUGAAGGAAACGUGUAAAAAAUAUUAAUGUGAAAAUGAAUCAAGAUUUAAAUUAAUUUUAAUUUUAAUUAACCUAAAAAAAAUGAAAUUUAAUACUCGCAAAAAUGCAAUGAAACGAUCCUAUUAACUUAAAUAAAAAGAAAAAAAAAAACAUAAAAACAACCAAAAAGUUCCUAUUUUUAAUAAAGAGCAAAAAAAAUUUGAUUGAACGAUAAGUGAACGAAGAAGAGAAAGAAGAAGAAGAAAAUAAUUUUUUAUUUAAAAAAAGAAGAGAAAAUAACAAAUAAAAGAAAAAUUAUAAAUAAAAAUGAGAAACGCAAGUCUCCUUAGAAACGAUUCCUAUUACAUUUAUGAUGAAAAAUAAAAAUUUAGAAAUAUAAUAAAACAAAUGAUGAUGAAAAUUGUAUAAAAGAUAAAUCAAAGAAAAAAUUAUGAAACGCGAAACGACAGAAGAAAAUCAAAUAUUUUUAUUAAUCUCAGUUUAAGCGAUUGUUACGCGAAAGAACGAAAAACAGUGUGCGCAUAUUAAUUGGACGUGAAUAAUCAGUUUGAUGUAUUUAUCAAAAAAGAAAAAGAAAUUCUCUCUUGAUGGGCAACAAUGACCGUGAACUUUUUUUUAACAAACUUCGAAAACUGAUAGAAUUUCAGUUUGUCGCCAAAGAAUUUUUAAUAAAAUAAAUUCCACUGAGAAAUAUCGAUGGGAAACGUGAUUUUUUGAUUCUGAACAUUUUUUUUUUGUCUUCAAUAGAUCGAAAGUCCAAAAAUUCCCAUAAGAACUGUUUCCAGUUUCAAUUAUAAUACUGAAAAAAAAGGAUCGAAAUCGGUCAGUUGCAUGUAAUGUUAAUGGAAUUGACAUCUUCACAGAUGGUCAUUCUCAACUCUUACUGAUGCAUAGUUCUUUUAGUCCACUUUUUUUCGUUACUCGUGCUAACUAACUUACUCAAACACUCAACUGAAUUACACGAAAAUGUUAGAAAAAUAAACAAAUUUUUAGAAAUGUAUUGGUAGUAAGUCAUACAUUCUAACAUCCUAUAGAUAAAAACAACCAAGCAUAGUUGAUAAAAUAUUGAAAACAAACAGUACUCAGAUGCCACCGCCACAUGUUGUGGUAACGACAAAAACAAAAGAAGAAAAAAUAUCUUCGACACUCAAAUGGACAUGAAUGCAUUGAACAUUCGAAUAUGCGCAUAACCUUUCAGAGACGGCCAACCAACUGUUAACAACAAAAUGUAAUGUAAUAAAACAAAUGAAAUAAAAGAUUUUGUAUCAAAUACUAGGCGAUAUGUUGAAAAACUAUGAACAUCGGAAGUAACAGAUUUAAUGAUUAGACCGAGCUGUAUAAUCUUUCCGUUUCAAAAAGGUUAGAUAAAAAUGCAUACUACAACAGAUACAAUAUGUAUUGUGUAAUGAAUAAAACGAUAAACAGAAGAAGAAGAAAAGAAGCAGAAGAAGUAGAAGACAUCUAGAUCUUAAAUAUUUAAGUAAAUAAAUGAAGGUUCCUAAUAUAAAAUAAAAAAGAAAAAAAGUAUAAAGCUAAUUAGAACUUAGAUUACCAAAGAUUAAAAGGUUAAACUGAAAUAAAAUAAUUAAAUUGAAAUGAAAUUUACUUUAAAAUUAUUGAUAAAAAAAAGAAAAUAGAAAGAUAAAGAAAUUAUUAAAAAAGAAAAAAAAACUUAAAAAAAUCUGUGUGUAGUACAUUACCUAACCUAAACAAUAAAUGGAAAAAGAACAAAAAAAAAACAAUUAAACAAAAGAAAUGCUGAAAAUAUUGAAACUUUGGAAAAAAGAAGAAUCAUCAAUGGAGGCUGAUUAAAAUCUUUAAAGAAAAGAUAGUAAUAUUAAAGAAAACACACAACUACCACUAUACUAUACAAAGUAAAAAAAAAAAAAAA